UUCCUAAGUGAGGGGGAAGAAAAUUAACCGUGCAAAUCACUGUAUAUUGUACUGUGUUAGUUUACUACAGUUAGGGCCCAGUGUACAAUGUGGGACAUCUGCAUACCUGUACCACUGAUAAUUCACCUGUACACCAUCUGAUAAUUUACAGGUACACGGCGAUGUCAGAGAUUACACCUGGAAUACUUAGGUUUUAUAUAUAUAUAUACACUUCCUGGUCCAUUGUUUCAGUUGACUUUUAUUUAAAUACGGGAGUGUGUACACAGAGGCUCUAAUCAGCUGACGGAAACAAUACACGCUUGUUUAUUUAUCUAUUGACAGGAGCAACUAUUUUUCCCCUUUGGUGGACAAGAAGCAUUUGAGUUCAGCUUUUGCACAUAAAAGAGAUGGUAUAUUUUCCCACUGGACUUGGAAGAAAUAGUUCAUUUUGUUUAAUAUCAGUUUUCUUGUGAGGACAAACUUGGAUGUGAGAGAUGUCCAUAUUUUUCCGUAACUCUGACGGGUGCAGCCUCCAUCGUGAUGAGAAAUACGUAGCUGUAUGCGUCAAGUGCGAGGUCAGCGUGUGUACGACAUGUAUGAACAGCGUACAUCGAGGUCACGAAUAUCUCGACAAUGACCUAGCCCUGGUCGAUUACAAACAGAAACUUUUCAUCAGUGAGAAGGUGGGGGAAGAAAACCUAAAUAAGUACCAAGAAGAAAUACAGGUACUGACUCAACAAGAGCAGAUCUGUAACCUGAAAUCUGAGGGACUUCUGAUAGCCCUCCAAAACAGAGGAAAAGAACUGAAAAAUGAGAUAGACAGACUGGUUCAGGAGAUGUCAAAAGCCAUAAAAGAAUCCAAGAAAACCAACAUGGACAAAAUAACCAAAGCCCAGAACAAGGCUAAGAAACAACAGUCCCAGCUGGCGAGCUUCCUCAAACAGGCCAAAGCCGAGCUCCAGAAAACAAACGUCCACAGUAUUCUCAGCCUGUACAACAACAUCAACGACGCCGUCGACAGUCACAAUAACAGCCGUGACCUUCAGGUCGAUACGGAGUACUACAAGUUUACGGCCGGGGAGCUCAGGAAGGAGAAUAUGGGGGAGAUGUUCGGGAAACUGGAGAUGGAGGGGAAGAAAUUAAACCAGGAAAACGUCUACGAAGAUGUGGAACCCGCCUCAGCCUGCAUUCUCAAUCAGCUUCAAAAUGAUGUUGAAGACUUGGGUGAAUUUAAGGUUUCUGAAAAAGGCAUUACCAGCAUCUGUCCAUUUAAAGAAGACCGAGCUUUUCUAUGUGAUGAAUUAGGGAAAGAUCUCAAACUUGUCAAGGAGACGGGGAGAGUGUUACGAUCUCUGACAGCCAACACAAAGAAAAGUGAUAUCGCCAUUACGUCAGAUGGAGUCGUCCUCAUAACCUGUCCCGAUUUAUUCUGUAUUAAAACAUUCUCCUCUGACGGAAUGAUUCGUAAGUUCAUUCUUACGGAAGAUCUACAUCCACAUGGAAUCAGUGUCCAUUUUGACACAGACUGUAUCGUGGUGGCAUUAGUGGAUGCCUGGGAUUUUAAUGUGACAUCGUCCAGUAAAAGACUCCUUCGUAAAUAUUCCAGUGAAGGGGAGAUAAUUCAGACAAUAGAGGGCAUUAAUAGAACAAUCACAGGCGGAGUCAAACCACUAUUUGUCUCCCCUUACAAGGUCCGCAUCAGUCAAUACAACGGAGACAUUGGAGUCGUCAACUGGACGUCAUGGCGACAAGGAAACGUCCUUGUCUUCACCGACUAUGGAACUCUGAAAUUCACCUACCCUCCCAAGGUCAACAGCUCGUUUGAACCCCAAGACAUGACCUUUGACUCUGAGAACCAGAUUGUUGUGGCCGAUGCCGUCAGUAAACUUUUACUUUUAUUAAAUCCUGAUGGGUUAUUACUGAGGACAAUUUAUCAGUGUAAUAACCAGCCCUCAUCGCUGGGCUACUUUGGGAAGGGAAAACUGUGGGUGGGCCAAAGUGAUGGGACUGUUAAUGCUAUUAAAUAUCUGUGUACUUAAUGUAGAAUUAUUGAUCUUUGUAAAUGUUAUAUAAUUAGUAUUUUUAUGAAACUGUA